UUGUUCUCCCCCCUCCGGCGGCAGGCGGAUCAACGCGCCGGUUCGAACAUACUCGGUCGCAUUCAACGGCAACGUCGGCUCAAAGACUUGGUUCAAACCACCAAAUGGAGACGGGCGUGCCGACAAGCGGACCCUGUUGAUGCGGGAUUAACGCUAGGAUGAGAGAGAGAAUACAUUUUUGACAAUAAUUGGUUCUUUUCCCUGAUUUUUAAAGCGCCCGCCCUUCGCCGUCUCGCGAUAUUUCGAGCUGCGCAAGGGUUGAGCUUUAAGAUUUUCUGUCGGCCUACUAAUACAGCUGGUCUUUUUUCCUUCUAAUUUGGUUUUAAAGGGAUUGACAGAGCACACGUGAAGUGCGUUCCAAGAGAUUAUUUUGUGUGUCUUGAGUACAGGAAAAUGGCAAAGGUAGCAAUCCCUGCGAACACUAGCGUGCUUUUGCUAGACAUAGAAGGAACCACUACACCAAUCACGUUUGUCAAGGACAUUUUAUUUCCAUUUAUCAAGGACAACGUACACGAGUACCUGUCUGCACACUGGGAGGAGGAUGAAUGCAAGCAAGAUGUUCAACUAUUGAAAAAGCAGGCCGAGGAGGACUCCCGGCAGCACCGGGCCGGGCCCGUGCACUCCCUCAGUCAGACGGCACACACAGACGAGGAGAAGGCCAUCCAAGAAGUGGUGGACAAUGUGCUCUGGCAGAUGGCAUCAGACAGGAAGACUACAGCACUGAAGCAGCUCCAGGGACACAUGUGGAGGUCUGCCUACUCAACGGGGAAGAUCAAGGGCGAGGUGUACGAAGAUGUUGUGCCAGCGAUCACAAGGUGGAGACAGGAAGGAUUGAAGGUGUAUAUUUAUUCUUCCGGCAGUGUGGAGGCCCAGAAACUGCUAUUUGGUUACUCUGUGAAAGGUAAUCUAUUAGAGCUCUUUGAUGGCCAUUUUGAUACUAACAUUGGAGCUAAAGUGGAAAGCCAAAGCUACAGGAGGAUUGCUGAAAGAAUUCGGUGUAGUACUGAAGAAAUUAUGUUCCUGACUGAUGUUACACGAGAGGCGAAGGCAGCUGAGGAGGCGGGAUUGAACGUGGCUGUGAUUGUGAGGCCUGGCAAUGUGGAGCUGACGGAAGAGGAGAAAUCGCAUUAUGAGCUGAUCACAUCCUUUAGUGAUCUAGUACUACGCGGGCCAGCAUAGAACAAGCGCACAGAGAGUCAAGAUCUGGGGAGGGCAGGAGAUGAGGAGGAAAUGGGAUAGUAGCAAGUGCCAACCAUUUUGUCACUCAUAUGAUCUGGGAUUUAAGGGAUGGGUUUGGGUUGACCUUUUUUUUUAAAGUACAUUUUAAAUAAAACACUAUUUAAAUUUUAA